GAUACGGCGUAUAAAAACCAGCCUCUCCUGUUAAAUUGAUUUCCUUCCUAUUCUUAAAACACCUGAAGUCGGCCAUCAUCACUAUGGAGAAGUCAAAAUUCAAAGCUAUCAUAGUAGGAGGGAGUGUAGCCGGUCAGACCCUAUCACUUGCCUUCGAAAAAGCCAACAUCGACUACGUUCUGCUGGAAAAGCAUGAAUCCUUCGCUCCAGAAGUAGGAGCAUCCAUCGGCAUCUUCGCUAACGGUAUGAGAGUUCUGGAUCAACUUGGAAUAUGUAAUGAAAUCGAAGCUAGGACAGAACCUCUCAGGGCAAUGAGCAAGCGUGAUGGAAAGGGCAACGAAUUUGACUACAAUGAAAUUCUCAGUAAAAUUUCAGACAGACACGGAUAUACUAUCAAUUUCAUGGAGAGAAAAGAUCUACUAUCGGUCAUGUAUGCCGCGCAACCAAAUGUAUCCAAGCUACUCUGUAACAAGCGAGUGGAUAGCAUUGAACAAGGUGAUAAUGGAGUUAAAGUUACCACGUCAGAUGGAUCAGAGUACGAAGGAGACAUAGUUGUUGGAGCUGAUGGUGUCUGGAGCAAAGUACGGCAAAUGAUGUGGAAUGCUAUGGACGCCGACAAAAGUCUUCCUAAAGAUGUGGCAAAGGAUUUGGCCAAAGAUAAGACAGUCCUGACUUGCGAGUACGCCUGCGUUUUUGGUAUAUCGUACAAUGUUAUGAGCAUACCGGCUGGUCACAAUAAUCUAGUGUUCCGACAUGGAUCAUCAUUCUUGAUCUUAUCUGGCAAAAAUGGCACUGUUUACUGGUUCUACUUUGAGAAGCUGGACAAGAAAUACGCUGUACCCAAUAUACCACGAUACACUCAGGAGGAUGCCGUCAAGACUUGUGAGAAACAGUUAGAUGCUAUCAUCGCUGAAAACGUUACCUUUAGAGAAUUAUGGGAUAAUCGCAAGAGUGCGAUCAAGGUUGCAUUAGAAGAAGGAGUUAUGCGUCGUUGGCACUAUAGCCGCUUUGUUGUUCUUGGAGACGCUGCUCACAAGAUGACACCGAAUAUGGGCCAAGGCGGAAACUCUGCUAUUGAAUCAGCUGCCAUCCUGAGCAAUUGCUUGAAAAGCGCAUUGGAUAAGAAUAAUCAACAGCUUAACAGCAAACAAAUUGAUGAAUGCUUGAGCCUUUACCAAGCGGAGCGACGAAAACGCAUCAAAUCCGUAUCCACUCGUGCUGGCGAUGCCACUAGAAUGGAAGCUUUGGAUAGCAUGACGAAAGUUAUCAUGGCUCGCUACAUCAUUCCCAGUCUUGGAGAGAAACUAAUUUUGAAACUGAUAGGAGAUCUACUUAAAGAAGCUCCAUCACUUGACUUCGUUGACAAACCCACUAGAGCACACUUGGUUCCAUACUCUGACGAGAAACCAAAGAAGAAGAAGUCAAUUUUAGGCUUCUAGUGGAACAUUUUUAUAAUAUCUAUACAGCCACCCACAGUAAUUCAUACAAUAGAAAUGUAUACCCAAUAUUCUACUACAAAUACCAAAAAAAAAAUCCCCAAAAAAACGUAAUGCUGCUCAUUUCGAAGUGGCUUGGCCCUAACCCAUAUGACUGCUUUUUCCGCAAGUCUGUAGAGA